AUGCUCGGCUUGACCAUCCUUUCCGCCAUCGUUCGCCUGUUCCGAAUCUACCAGCCCACCAGUGUCGUAUUUGACGAGGUCCAUUUCGGUGGCUUCGCUUCGAAAUACAUCAAGGGCAAAUUCUUCAUGGAUGUUCACCCUCCUCUGGCCAAGAUGCUCAUCGCUCUCACCGGUUGGUUGGCUGGUUUCAACGGCGACUUCGACUUCAAGGAUAUCGGCAAGGACUACCUCGAGCCCGGUGUUCCCUACGUCGCCAUGCGCAUGUUCCCGGCCAUUUGCGGUAUCCUGCUCGCCCCUCUUAUGUUCCUGACUCUCAAGACCACCGGAUGCCGCACCACCACAGCUCUGAUGGGCUCUAGUCUGAUCAUCUUCGAGAACGGUCUUCUUACCCAAGCUCGCCUCAUUCUCCUCGACUCUCCUCUUAUGGUUGCAACCGCCUUCACCGCCCUCUCCUUCCAGUCCUUCACGAACCAGCAUGAACAAGGACCCGAGAAGGCCUUCCAGUUGAGCUGGUGGUUCUGGCUUUUGAUGACUGGCCUUGGUCUGGGUACGACUGUCAGCAUCAAAUGGGUUGGUUUGUUCACCAUUGCCUGGGUUGGAAGCUUGACCCUCGUCCAGCUCUGGGUUCUCCUUGGAGACACCAAGAACGUCACGCCGCGCAUCUGGGCCAAGCACUUCAUGGCUCGCGCCUUCGCCCUCGUCAUCAUCCCUGUCGUCUUCUACAUGGCCAUGUUUGCCAUCCACUUCCUUUGCUUGGUCAACCCUGGCGACGGCGACGGCUUCAUGAGCUCCGAGUUCCAGUCUACUCUCAACUCCAAGGGUAUGCAAGAUGUGGCCGCCGACGUCGCCUUUGGUAGCCGUGUCAGCAUCAGACACGCCAACACACAGGGCGGUUACCUGCACUCUCACCCCCUCAUGUACCCCACCGGUAGCAAGCAGCAGCAGAUCACUCUCUACCCCCACAAGGAUGAGAACAACCUCUGGCUCCUCGAGAACCAGACCCAGCCUCUUGGAAUCAACGGCGAGCAGAUCAACGGAACUCAGGCCUGGGACAACCUCCCUGAGCCUGUCUUUAUCAAGGAUGGCGAUGUCGUUCGCCUUUACCACACUCCCACGUUCCGUCGCCUUCAUUCCCACGACGUCAGACCCCCUGUGACGGAGGCUGAUUGGCAGAACGAGGUGUCCGCUUACGGCUACGAGGGCUUCGAGGGCGACGCCAACGACUUGUUCAAGAUUGAGAUUAUCAAGAAGCAGUCCCUCAGCUCCGCUUCCAGAGAGCGUCUUCGCACGAUCGAGACCAAGUUCAGAUUGGUCCACAUCAUGACUGGCUGUGUCCUCUUUUCGCACAAGGUGAAGCUCCCUGAGUGGGCCUCUGAGCAACAGGAGGUCACUUGCGCGAAGGGAGGUACCCUUCCCAAUAGUUUGUGGUAUAUCGAGUACAAUGAGCACCCUCAACUGAUCGGCGACAACGUCGAGAAGGUCAACUACCGUCACCCCGGCUUCUUUGGCAAGUUCUGGGAGCUUCAAAAGGUCAUGUGGAAGACCAAUGCUGGCUUGGUCGAAUCUCACGCCUGGGAUUCUCGUCCUGACUCGUGGCCCUUCCUCAAGCGCGGCAUCAACUUCUGGGGCAAGGAUCACCGCCAGAUUUACCUCAUGGGCAACCCCAUCGUGUGGUGGAGCUCUACUCUUGCUGUCGUUGUUUACGUUCUCUUCAAGGGCAUUGCAACUCUCCGUUGGCAGCGCAGCUGCAACGAUUACUCCAACACCACGUUCAAGCGAUUCGACUACGAAAUCGGCACUGCGGUUCUGGGUUGGGCGUUCCACUACUUCCCCUUCUACCUGAUGGACCGUCAGCUGUUCCUGCACCACUACUUCCCCGCUCUCUACUUCGCAGUCAUGGCGUUCUGCUCGAUUUUCGACUUCGCUACUGCUCGGGUCUCGCUCGCUGGUAUCCGCAAGAACCCUGCCAUCAACCGCGUCAGCGCCGUUGCCUUCUUAGCGCUCACGAUCGUCGCCUUCAUUCUCUUCUCUCCUUUGGCCUAUGGUAACGCCUGGACCAAGGCAGAGUGCAGCCGGCUCAAGGUCGUCGGCACAUGGGAUUUCGACUGCAACAACUUCUUCGAUGACGUAAGUAAUACUACUGCUUUUAUUCCGAGUAGAGGGGUGCCAGAUAGAGGACUGUAA